CCGUGUUAGUUACACACAUAGAUAGAUAGAUACAACUACUGCAAUUGGAUCAAUUAUUGUAAGGAAAUGGCGUCGAGCGAUGAAACGCCGGGACAAAUGCCGCCGGAAGACGGGUCAGUGCCGCCAGGGAAGGCAAUGUCGUUGGCGCAGCAGGCGGUGGACAAGGGAACUCAGAUGUUGCAGUCGCUGAAACCCAUUAAGCAGAUGGGGCAACACGUCUGCACCUUCGCUCUCUACAGCCAUGACUUGAGCCGCCAGAUCGAAACUCACCACUACGCCGCUCGCCUUAACCAGGACUUCCUCCAGUGCGCCGUCUACGAUUCCGACGCUUCUAACGCCCGUCUUAUUGGCGUUGAAUACAUAGUCUCGGAUAAGAUCUUUGAUACCCUCCCGCCUGAAGAGCAGAAACUUUGGCACUCCCAUGCCUAUGAGAUAAUCUCCGGGCUUUGGGUGAACCCAAGAGUGCCAGAAAUGGUGCAAAAACAAGAACUGCAACACCUUUCUCCGACGUACGGCAAGUUCUGGUGCACAUGGCAAGUGGACAGAGGUGACAGGCUCCCGCUGGGGGCGCCGGCGUUGAUGGUGUCGCCGCAAGGGGUGAGCGAGGGAAUGGGCUCGGUGAAGCCGGAGCUGAUCAGAAAGAGAGACGAGAAAUACAAGAUCUCGUCGGAGGAGCUCGGGAAAAGCAGGGUGGAUGUUUUGGUCCCGGAAAAUAUAAACCCCAACGCCGACUACUGGGUGACGACCGGAAAAGGCUUCGCCGUCGACGUGGAGCAAGUUGAAAUGAAGAAACAUUCGCCUUUCCCUUGAUGCAUUAUCCUAGUAUUAGUAUUUUAGUAUUACAUCCCAUCAUCGUCGUCUUGUCUACUAGAUUUUGAAGGAUUGCCGGUUUUGUUGUUCUAUAUAAUAUUUAUUUAUCGGAAAAAUCACUGUUUUGGUCCCUUAAUUAUUUUAUAAUUGUCAAUUUAAUCUUUAAUUUUUAAUUUGAUCGAAUUGACUCUCCAAUAUUUCCCGGCGAUAUUCCAUCAGCAUAUUCCAGAUGCCAUGUCUCCUUCCCCAAAAAAUUCUUCCCCUUUCGAUCAGAACACUCCACCAAAAUCAUCGUCCUGCAAAACCCACUAAAUUCCCAAUAAUCUUCAGAACUUCUCCCUCUUCUGAAACUUCCAUGGCGGCGCAAGAGGGCAAGAAGGAUGUGUACUCCGUGUGGGGCGUUCCGCCGGAGGACGUGACGGCGAGGGUCAAGAAGCUCAUGGAGGGUCUCCGAUCGGAGUUCGGCGGGCCCCAGUUCGAGCCGCACGUGACCGUCGUCGGAGCUAUCAGCCUGACGGAGAGCGAGGCACGUGACAAGUUCCGGAAGGCCUGUGAGGGCCUCAAGACGUACGGCGCUACGGUUUCGAAGGUGGACACUGGGACAUUCUUUUACCAGUGUGUUUUUCUUCUUCUUGAUCCCACCACUCAGGUUGUUGAGACUAGUGAUCACUGCUGCAAACACUUUGGUUAUGAGAGACCAUCAGCAUACAUGCCACACUUGAGCAUCCUCUAUGCCGAUAUCACGGAUGAGGAGAAAAAGAGAGCUCAAGAAAAAGCUUAUGCUAUCGAUGAGAGCAUUGGCAGCUUGAGCUUCCCCAUAACUCGCCUCGUUCUGUACAAAACCGACACAGAAGACAAAAGCCUCAAGUCCUGGGAGAAGGUUGAUGAGUGCAACCUCAAGUCUUGAGGGAUAAAUUUGACAGCAUUACAUGUACUGUUUCUACCAACCAGAGCAAGAACAUUAGCAGCUGCCAUGUUUGCCUAUGUUAAGGCUAAAUCCAUGUUUUGCUUUUUGUUCCUUUCUUUUGGAUGCUUUGAUGAUCAGGGCUUCUUGAUAGAGCCUUUUGACCUUGUUUUGUGAAGCAGCAAAUGAACAAUUCAUCUUAAAGCUCCAAUGAUUUGUAUUGAGUAAA